ACUAGGGUUAGGGUUCAGUAUUCUUCCCACUCCCAUAUAUAUACUCUUCCUUCCGUCAUUUUCUACUCUCCACUAUUAUACAUCUUUAAUCUCUACAUCUUUCAAAGAAUCUUUAAAGCAAAUUCAAAUAUGGAGCAAACUUUCAUCAUGAUCAAGCCUGAUGGUGUCCAAAGAGGACUGGUUGGUGAGAUCAUCAGCAGAUUUGAGAAGAAGGGUUUCUCUUUGAAAGCUUUGAAAUUUGUGAAUGUGGACCGCCCUUUUGCCGAGAAGCACUACGCAGACUUGUCUGCCAAGCCCUUCUUCAACGGUUUGGUUGAGUACAUUGUUUCUGGACCUGUGGUUGCUAUGGUCUGGGAGGGUAAGGGUGUUGUUGCCACCGGAAGGAAGCUCAUUGGAGCCACCAACCCACUUGCUUCCGAGCCAGGAACCAUCCGUGGCGAUUUUGCCAUCGACAUUGGCAGAAAUGUCAUCCAUGGCAGUGAUGCUGUUGAGAGCGCAACAAAGGAGAUUGCUCUUUGGUUCCCCGAGGGAGUUGUUCACUGGCAAAGCAGCCUCCACUCAUGGAUCUAUGAAUAGAUCUAUACCUGCUUAAAAUGUUUUACUUGCCAUCUGGAACUUAACUAUCUAAGAGUUGCUAUUAUCUUGAGAAAACAUAUUUGGCAAAUUAGACCUAAUUUUGGUGUUGGUUGAUCUUAUUAGACUGUUUUUUGAUUGUGGUGUUAUGUUUAGUGUGUUACUAUGUGUUCUGCAGGAGCAUUUGAUGACAUACUAUAUUAUUAAAUGAAAAAUUCAUCGUAUUUUUGCUCUAUAAA